AUGUUUAAUGAAGAACUAGGUGUCAUUGAUUAUGAAGUUGAAAGUGAUGAUUCAAUAUAGUUGAUUGAAAAUCCAUAGGAUAUUGUUAUACCUACAACAACAAUAUAAGAAUAGAAAUAAACAACUGAGUAAAUUGUACAACAACCAUUAUAAUAAGAAGUAGAUUAAACUAAUAUUAAUCAUAAUAAUGAAAAUAUUGAAAGAUAAUAGCUAGAAGAAGAAUAAAUGUUGCGUAGACCCUAUGCAUUAAGAUGGAAAAAGAAAUCAAUUAAGAAAUUAGAAAAAAUCACUUAAAAAAUGACAGAUUAAGAUUUAGAAGAUAUCAAAGAUGUUUAAAUAAAAAAAAUAGCAAUCUCUGAGUCUAAAAUAAAUAAUAACAAUAAUCAUAUUAAUAAUAAUAAUAAUAAUGAUGUAAUUAUUUCAGGUUCAAUUUUAAAGAAUCCACAUAAUACACUAAAUUAAGUUUAGAAAUAAAAAUAAUUUUAAGUUUUAGUAGAACAUUUUGCAAAUAAACCUGACUUUUUGGAAGCUAUAAUAGCUUAAGAUUUGGAAUAAGAUAAUGAAAAUUAGGACGGAGGAAUAUUAAAAAAACCAAUGAUAGUACCUCCAAAAGCAGGAUUAAAGAAAUAGCCAGGUAGAAAGAAAGCAAAUGUUACAUUUGAAGAUUAAUCAUAACCACCAAAUGGAGGAAUAUAAUUUAUAAAAACUAGUGUUCUUCCAUAAAAAUAACCUCCACCUCCACCAUAACCUUAAUAAUAGAUUUCAAAUAUCCUUUCAAAAUUCUAAGAAUAUAGAGAGAAAUCAGUAGCUCCUACUUAAUCUUAAUAGACAACAGCAAUUUAAGAAUCUUCUGAUGUCCCUUUAGGAACAGGUGCAUGGUAUCCGAAUAAAUAGGAUAAAAAAAGUUAACCUUUUAUUCCACCUCAUGCUGGAUCAAAUCCAAAAAUGUUACCUACUGUUAGUUCAGUUUAGAUGAUUUCACCAUCAUAAGCUGCUUAAUAAUCAUUAAAUCAUAAAUUUCUAGGAAUGAAUUAAAAUUAAUCGAGAUUUAGUAAUAGUCCUCCAAGAGUAAGAGAUAUGAUUACAUAAUAAUAUACAUCUUCUUAUUAAGUUGAUAGACCUCCAAUUAUGCCAAGUAGAUAAUAACCUGUAUUUUAAUAAUAAAUAUUGGAAAAGAAUAUCAAUUAUGAAUUAAAUUAAGUUAAAAAAAAUAAAGAACAAUUGAGCAGUCAUUAAUAAUCUUAACUUAGAGAAUCUUAAGUUAAAUUAUAAGCAAAGUUAUAAGAAAGUGUUAAAAGACAGAGUGUUGCUUAACCUACUAUUGAAGAAAAUGAUUCUGAUUUUAUGGAUGAUGUAAUGGAAAGUUAAGCUUUUAUUGAUUUUAAAAGAGCUGGUAAUUUAAUCUGUGGAUCUUAACAAUAAUAAUACACCCAAUAAUAAUAUUGGUAAGAAAUCAAUUUUAAUACUGAUAUCCCUAAAGAUUAUUAUAUGAAUGAAAAGUUUAGAGUAGAUGUUGGAGAAGAUAUUGAAAUCAAUGAUCCUUAUGAAUUAUUUAAAUUGUAUUUUGAUUAAAGCAUUUUCAAAUACAUAUGCUAAAUAUCUAAUAAACGACAAUGCAUAAGAAUCGAUGAAGAUAUUUUAGAAUCCUUUAUUUCAGCACUCAUUUACAUUUUCUAUAUACAAUUAUUAGGAAUGAGAGAAAUCAAAAGAGUCAGAUUUGAUCAUAUAUUGGAUUAUGUCACCUUUGGUCAUAUCUGUAAAGAAAUUAGAAUUGAUGAGUUAGAAGAUUAUUCUUUUAUUUUUGAGAAGAUAAGCAAGAACUUUAAAAAUCAUUAUUAACCUGAAGAAUUCUUAACUUUGGAUACUCCAAUCUUUUAUCAAAAUCACAGUAUAGAAGGUCUAAUCUCACUUUCUGAUGGAAUGAAAGGAUAUGUAUUAGACUUGAUCUAUGGCAUAAAGGAUCAAAAGAUUAUCUAAAGUUUAUAGAAAUAUUAAGGCAAACAUCAUAAACUUUAUUUAGGACCUGAGGUUUCAUCUUUGAAUUUAAUAACUCAAUUGAAAAAGAAACAAUUUGGUUCAUUAGCUAAAAUAGUAGAUAAAUAAGUAAUUAAUUUAAUAUAUAUUUAGACAUAACUUACAUAAGAUUAAAUUCAAGAAGUGAAAUAAAAUGCAUAGAAAGGUAAAAGCACAUAGUUUUUAUCCUCUGAUAAUCAAACUAUCAUGCUUAUUUAUGCAGAAAGACAAUAACAUUUACAAUAUGUUGAAGGAUUUGUAUCUUCAUUUGCUGAUUUCACAAGACUAAAACCUUAAGAUACUAAAAUUAAAGGAGAUGUUAAUAAACCAAUAAUCUUAUAUUUAUAUGAUAAAAUUAAGACUCAAUAUGAUAAAAGAGGUAAGACUUAUUAAUAUUCAUAAAUACCUCAUUAAGAUUCAAAUUAGCAUUUAGAAAUAUUAGUAUAAUUAGUUUAUUCUAGUAUAUAUAAUGCUAAUAUUUUAAAUAAAACAAAAAAUUAGUCAUAAUCUAUGGCACCAGAUAAAGCUAAAUAAAUGUAUCUUGAUUUUGUUAAAUAAUUAUUACACUCAUUUUAUGUAAGAAGUUUUAAAAGAAGAGGAAUCAAUUAAUUUCCUUAGAAUCAUACUUUGGAAUCAGGUGAUACUGGAACAUUUAGUUGUAUUGAAUGUGGAGAAUCUAGUUAAACUAUUUGUAGAGAAUGUUCAAAUCAUUUUUAAAUGUUGAUUCCUGUCUGUAGAAACAAAAAUGAGUAAUGUUUGAAAUCACAUAUAGAAAUGUUAGUAAAUCAACCAAAAAUAACUAAUUCUAAUAGAAGACUUACAAAUAAAUAAGCUAUUGUAAAAUUUGAGUUCUAUCGUUCACAAAUAUAAUCUUCUAAAGAUUCUAAUGCCAAAUCUGCUUUACCUGUUAUCGAAGAUACUUUAUAACAAUUAGAUAGUUUAGAUCCUGAUGAAGAAUUAUCUAUUGGAAUUCAAACAUUAUUAGUUUCAUUAUCAGAUUUGAUACAAAAAAUGUUCUAAUAACCAAAUAUAUUAGUUCCACAAAAGAUUUAACAAAAAGGAUAAGAAAUCUAUUCAUUAAGUUAAAUAGAUCCACCUAUUAAAUCAGCUUAACAAUUAUCAAAAUCAAUCUCUUAAGUUUAUAAUCAUUAGUAGGAAGUGAUGUAAUGUUCUUAAGUUGUGCCUUAAAUUAUUAAAACUAAAAUUAGCGAAUAAACAAACUUAGAGCCUUCAAUCCAAAAAUUGUAAGCUAGAGUGGCCAGAAUAAAUAAAUGA